AUGCUCACUCCAAUGGUCCCGCGUUCGCUCGCGUCUGCGUUCAGAACAUACCGCCCCGCCCUCGCGCGGCAGAUCAUCAAAAGAGCGCCACGUCCGACGCGCCUGAGGCUCUACGCAACCCGACCUUCCUCGUCCUCUACCUCACCUUCCACCUACACACGCACAGGAUUUCCUGAGCCUGCUCAGCCACCAACACCACCAACACCGCCGCACAGGCCAUACACAUUCCACAUUGGCGCCAGUUGGGCCGGCAAGCCUGCGGAUCCCAUGUACCAGAUGCCAAAGGAGAAGGUGCCCUUCCCCCCCGACACGCUCAUCGGCGCGUGGCGCGACAAGACCCUCACGCGUCCUCGGUCGGUGCGCAGUGCGGACGCGGGAGAGGAUUUUUUCUUCGUGCAGGAGAUGCGUAACUCAUCAGGCGUCUCCUUCGGUGUCGCCGACGGCGUAGGCGGGUGGGUCGAUAGCGGCUACGACCCCGCGCUCUUCUCCCAGGCCCUCAUGUACCACGCCCACCGCUACUCCCGCAACGCCUGGGCCGGCGAGCCAGAGAUCGACCCUACCAUGGACUACGAGGAGCGCGAGCAGAUCGAGGGCUGGGAGAUGACCCCGUUCGAGUGCCUGGAUUUGGCGUAUGGCGGUGUGUUGAGGGAGAAGUAUGUCCAAGCAGGGUCGAGUACGGCGUGCAUCAUUAGUCUGAAUGCCUCUUCGGGUGUUCUGCGCUCUGCAAACCUCGGCGACAGCGGCUACUCAAUAAUCCGCUCGACGUCCGUCAUCCAUCGACAACGCGCCCAAACACACUUCUUCAACUGCCCAAAACAACUGACGAAACUACCCGCGAACGCCGGACGCAAGUUCGCCAGAGCAUGCGUCGACUCACCUGGGGAGGCGGAUACGUAUGAGACGAAGCUGCGGGAUGGUGAUAUCGUCGUGGCAUAUACAGACGGCUUCUCAGACAACGUCUUUCCCUCCGAGAUGGUGACAAUCUGCUCCCUAGUCGCGCGUACAGGCGGGACAGAGGACGAGCAAGUCCAGAACAUGGCAGACCGGAUGGUCGAGUAUGCACGGCAAUGCAUGAAGAGCAAGACCAGGGUCAGCCCAUUCGAACGCGAUGCCUCACGUCAGGGAAUGUACUUUCGAGGAGGAAAACCAGACGAGUUCGUGGAUCUUUCUCCUCUCACCCUUCCUAUAACCCAUGACUUACGUUUCCCCGUUCCAAAACAGUGUGACCGUCAUUGUUGGUCUGAUUCGUGA